AUGCUAACAUCAACCAGAGCAGGCGUGUAUGGUGGUGGGGAAGGAGGUGAAGGCGCGGAUGACGUGGGAGCCAACCCAGGUGGGGGGGGGGGGGGGGCAAGCCCAGGCAGUGGUUCUGGCCAGCCUACACCGGCUGGGGUACCCAUAGUAUCAUCAAUGCGUCUAGAAAUAGACAAGAGUAUCUGUCAAGGCAAUUAUGUUCUGGUGAGUCGGUUUGUGUCCAAGUUGGAACAAACAGUGCCGGUGCCUAUACCAACUCUACACAAGAUGAGGGUAGGCAUACAUGACCAACAGCCAGAGCGACGCAUACCACUAGUGGAUGCAGAACUCAGACGACGAUAUGAUCUGGCAAUCAACGACUGUGGUGACGAUAAGGAAGAUGAUCUCAUUCAAAUAAGUCAGUACAUUAGCGAGUUAGAGCUCAUCCGUUCACAGUUAGGCGACCAGAUAAAUAAACCACCUCUUGCAAAACUACUAAAGACUUCAGAAUUUCCUAAGAUGCCAAAAGAUAGUUACUUUAGAAUGGAAAACUGUGAAGAUAUCAUAAAGUUUACUAUACAAUGUAGCAACCUAUUCUUAGCAAAGUCCAUGCCACUGUGUCAGUACCCAGCACUAGUGAGAAACCUAAUAGAUUCCACUGAUGCAACGGAGAAGACCAAAUCAGUACUCAAAAACUUAAGAGAUUCUGAGACGCAUGAAACUAAGCACUUCAAGGAACCUGUGCAAUUCAAUAGGAUCAUUAUUGACAGACUUAUGCCAUAUCCAGUAGACUGUCUGUUGAAGAAGUUUCUCAAUGACAUGCAAAAUAAGAAACUGAACGUCGAAGUGCGCAUAGAGCGUGCGCGUAAGGCAAAGGCGAUGUUAGAGAAGCGUUACCGCAACUCAGACAAGACACGCAUACACUUUCAACUCCUCAAGGUACAAAGGUACCAAGCACUUAAGUACUACGGACAGCAAACACUGGUGGAUAUUCUAAUCAAAGGAGAUAAGCGACCUUUUGGGAGUGAAGGGUACUUGUCAGUUAUGGAACACACCAAGUUUCAUACAAUGACUGAGUCACACAUAAGAAUGGCGGCAGUGUUGCAAGGAGAGCCCGUCCAAGCAGAAAAUAGCACUACCAAUGCUAACAAACGGUAUAAACCAGACAAUGGUGCACCCAACCAAAAUAAGCCAGUGGGACAGGCACAGGAGAAGAAGGAGGCACGCGAAGAGCGUCCAUGUCCUUAUUGCCUGGUAAUGCCAGCCCCACAUCGGUACAGUAAAUGUCCCAACAACAACAAAAAAGUGAAUGAAGCCAAGCAGGCUGAGGAGCGGGCCAAGAAGGAUGUGCAGAUAGCAAGACUGUCCAUUACAUCUGGCAAGGUGGAAGAAAUCACAGAAGGUGCCGAGCACUAA